UGUGGUUGGCGGCCAAACAAAGAUGGCGUCGGGCCAGCGGGCCUUCGCCCAGAAACUGUCAAAGCAGCAUGCAGCUGAUGUGCGGAGGACUGUGAGCUCUGUGACACCUGGGAAGGAUCCUCCUCGCUCUGCUAGUGUAACAACUCUCUCUACGCAUGAUACAUUACAAGAAAAUGUUGACCCUAUUGAUUACGAAGACUUUCUUGACCAACACCAACUAGAGGCAGACCGUGACCCAGUGAGAAAAAUACUCUACUUUCCACCAGAUGACAUUGUAGUCACUUUAAUCCCACGCCAGAUCCGCACUCUUCAUCCAGUCGUGCCAGAUGAAGGGGAUGGUUAUGAUGCCCAUGUAGCAGACUGUGUACGUUGCUAUACCAGAGAUUGGUUAUAUGUCAGUCGUCAGUACCUUCAGUAUUCCUCAUCAGUGCCAGGACGCAGUCAAUUAUCUACAGACCACUUGACAAAUUUGCAAUCCUGUCCACAACCAGAGUUUGAGGUUGACCUGGAAGAUGACCGUGGACCUAAUGAUGCCGACAGACAUGAUGUUGGAGGCAGCAGACACUCUUCACACCUUUCCGACACUCCCAGAGGAAGUUGGGCAAGCUCUGUAUUUGAUCUGCGUAAUUCUGUGGCUGACCCUCUUCUCCCAUCCCUACUUUCACGCAUUCCACUUGAUACAGUUGACAAUAAUAAUCAACAAGCAAGGCUUGAAAACAGACAGGACUCGCUGUUUGUGCUAUAUCCUCCUCAAGAUGAUGAGGAUAUGAUAGAACGUCGACUUUACCCAGAUGUACCCAUGCCACAUUCAGGCCAUCGUAUUCAAGUCAAGUGCAUAAAUCUUCGUCUUGAACUAGAAAUAGAACCUGUAUUUGCUACGAUGGCACUAUAUGAUCUCAGGGAUAAAAAGAAAAUAUCAGAAAAUUUUUGCUUUGACAUGAACCCAGAACCUCUUAAGAGAAUGCUAACUUCACACAUUCCAUACCAGGAUAUUUCAACUUUGAGUCGCACAUGUAUUUUUGAUAUCACAUACCCGUCUAGUGAUUUGUUUCUGGUUGUUCGUCUUGAGAAGGUGCUACAGGGAGAUAUCAGUGAUGUGGUGGGACCAUACAUGAAGGAUGAUGCGAACCGAGAGAAGCUGAAAUCGGCAGCAGUAGCUUGCUGUGAAAGACUUGGAAAGUAUCGUAUGCCCUUAGCUUGGACGGCAAUCAACCUCAUGAAUAUUUUCACAGGCGUUCAUGGAGACCGAGAGAAUGCUCCCGAGAGAGAGCCUUCAGGCUCAAACAGUCUUGAUCGGAAGCAGAGUUCUUCUAGCUAUGAUGAACUAAAGAGAAAGAGUGGGUCUGGUUCACUAACAAGAAGAGGAUCAUUAGAGCGGAGAAGCUUCAGUGAAAAGAGACGUAGCUGGUCUCCGGAGGAGUUUGGUGCAUGCCUGGACUCCUUUCGGCCUGUGACCCUUACUGUAUCAUCAUUUUUCAAACAGGAAGGGGAUAAAUUACGGGAUGAUGAUCUCUACAAGUUCCUGGCCGAUCUCAAGCGUCCAUCAAAUCAGUUGAAGAAAAAGUGCUUGCCAGGGUUGCUCAAGCUAGACAUAUCCCCAGUGCGUGACCAGCCCAAGUACUGUCUCACACCAGAACUUGUUAAGCUUCAUCCCUACCCUGCAGAUGAGACAGAGGAAGAGGAAGACAAGGAUUAUGAAAAGUGUCGACCCAUUAAAGAAGUUGUGGAGUUCUCUCCAAGAGAUAUCCUCGUGCCUCAUUAUUACUACAGGAACCUCCUCUUUGUAUCGCCCAAGGAUCUCAACUUUAACAAUAGACCGGGCUCUGCACGAAACAUUGCUGUUAAAAUUCAGUUUAUGGCAGGCGAAGACGAGCAGGCAGCAAUGUCGGUUAUCUUUGGCAAAUCUUCAUGUCCUGAAUACACUACAGAAGCUCAUACUGCUGUCACCUACCAUAAUAAGUCACCAGAUUUCUAUGAUGAGUUCAAGAUCAAGUUACCAGGUGUGCUUGGAGACCAGCAUCAUAUUCUGUUUACCUUUUAUCAUAUUUCCUGCCAGAAGAAAAAUGAAGAGAAAACCAUUGAGGCACCUGUUGGCUACACUUGGCUUCCAGUGUACCGUGAUGGUAGUCUGCAGACAGGCGAACAUAGCUUACCAGUGAUGAUGGAACGACCUCCUAGCAACUAUCCGUAUAUAACUGCAGAUAUCCAGUUGCCAGGCACAAAAUGGGUUGACAACCACAAAGGGCUUUUUACUGUCUGUGUUGAUGCGGUUUCAUCUGUCCAUGCUCAGGAUAAGCACAUUGACCGAUUUUUCAAUCUAUGCAAGAUGGUGGAAGAGAGUAGUAUUCCAGCACGCAUUGGUGAAGCAAAUAUGGAAGGGGAGCUCAAGCGAGCCAUGGGGGAGCUGGUGAACUGUCAUGCUGAGCCACUUGUCCGUUUCACCCCUGUUUUGUUGGAUCGUCUUAUCUCGCUCUUGGUUUGGCCUCCCAAUCUCGCUGGCCAACUUGUGAACAUUGCUCAAGCUUGCUUUGAGACUAUUGGUACCCUUGUUGGCCGUGUUUCAGCACUCUUAGAGGAAAAGAAUGACCAGCAUGGGCGGAACAGCACUCUUUUGUCAUAUGUGGCAUACCAGGCAACCCUGCCUCAUCCUGAUGAUGGUCCUCCUACCCCAGUACCCACACACUCGCAUCACCCACAUCCCCCGAGCUCUGUGCCUACUCACCGUAAAUAUUCUAGGAGCAGCAGCAAUCCAGACCUAGGCAUUGAUGCAGAUGCAGAAGUGGGAGGGAUCUUUGCCCGUGGAUUGGACAGGACCAAUUCAAUGAGAACAGAUGAUGAAGAAAUGUUGGAUUUAAAAGGUAGCAACUAUGAAAAUCUUAUAACCCUCCAACGGCCAGCAGGGAGGAAGGUAACUCACGAGGAAGUGGCACUUCAGUGGGUUGUUUCAAAUGGCACCGGACGAGAGAAGGCUCUAGCAAAUUCCUGGUUCUUCUUUGAACUGAUGAUCAAGUCCAUGACAGAACAUCUUGCCAGAAGUAGUGGACAAGACACCUUACGCAAAAUGAGAUUCUCUCACCAGUUUGCCGAUGAUAUUCAAAAUCUCGCUGCAUCAAUCACCAAUGACAUCAUAGCCCUACAUAACAAAGAUGUUCGAGACUCCAGGUUUGUACAGAAUGUGAACAGCAGUCUAGCAUUUUUCUUGUGUGAUCUCCUGUCUGUGAUGGACCGGGGAUUUGUGUUCAUGCUUGCCCAGAACUAUUGUAAGCAAAUGAGCAAUAAGAUCCUUUCCCUACCAGAUGCUGCACCCCUCAUCAAUCUGAAGUUGGACUUUGUGCGAAUUAUUUGCAGUCAUGAACACUAUGUAGCUCUGAAUCUGCCUUUCUGCACACCACUCUCAGCGAUGUCGGCUCCGUCAUCACCCUGUCCUUCGAUUGGAUCAACAACUAGCCAAUCGUCAUUCAUCUCAACUGUGUUUGGUGGAAACCGUAGUGCAUUCAUGAUGUUGUCCAGCUCCUUCCGCAAGCAACAUUUCUUAGUAGGACUCGUACUAUCAGAUUUUGCCGCAGCUCUUGAAAUCAAUAACCCAACCAUUAUUGGAAGAGCUGUAAACACCAUCAGGAACUUGCUUACAAGCCACGACACAGAUGAUCGCUAUGCCGAACCUGACGUUAAGGCUCGUGUGGUCGCCCUGUACCUGCCUCUCAUCAAUAUUGUCAUUGAUGCUUUACCUCAACUCCACACCUUUGCCAGCUCCAAGUAUCGGUACUUAAUGUCAUCUCUAAGUGACGAGAAUGAUGGAGGACCGACACACAUUCAUCAAAAUGUUGCGCUUGCUAUUGCUGGCUCAUCAAUGUUUGCAACCAAGGAGAGUGACUAUGAGGUUAUUCAAGGGACAACAGAAGAGGAGAUGGAAAAUCAACAACCUCGUAAGUGUCCUCUAAGCUCAGAAACGACUCGAAACCUGCUCAUCUGCUUGCUUUGGGUCCUACGCAAUGCUGACGAGACCACACUUCGACACACACUUUCUGAAUUGCCUCAUAAUCGUCUCCAUCAACUUCUGGAUGUGCUGUAUAUUGCAGUAUCUUGCUUUGAGUAUAAGGGAAAGAAGAUUUGUCAUCGUGGUGGUGCAGUCACUACUCGGAGCAAAGAGGCGAUGAAGAAUCGUCUGGAGGAGGCCAUCAUGGGUCAAAAUUCUGCACGUUCUGAGAUGAUGCUUCGCCGUCGAGGUAACGCUCCCCCCAACACCCCUCAUGUUGUUGGAUUAUCUCAAUUCUACAUCCAAGGGGCAGAACGUAAUCCUCCCUCGCCAUCUGGAACUGGAGAAAAACUGCGGUGGCGUAAAGAAUCCUUUCCUUGGCGUCACCACCAGCAAGACACUGACCGCUCGCCCCAACAUGAACUGGAGCAGGAGUCUCAAGUCGAGGGUCAUCUGGCUGCUGAAGCUAAUAUGGUUAUUCUUGAUACAUUGGAAAAUAUAGUCCAGGUUGUAACAAUGGCAGAUCAUUUGCAGGGGCUUUUGCCUGUGGUGUUUCGAGUGUUACUUCAUGCAAUCGCCUCUAACCAGUCGACGUCAACACUCACAAACAUGUUCAACACUCAGCGAGCAUUGGUUGCUAAGUUUCCAGGUUUACUUUUUGAUGAAGAAACUGAGCAGUGUGCAGACCUGUGCCUUCAGCUGUUGAAACAUUGCUCUUCAUGCAUCUGUACUAUUCGAUCCCAUGCUGCAGCAUCAUUGUACCUCUUGAUGAGACAUAACUUUGAAAUUGGGAAUAACUUUGCAAGAGUAAAGAUGCAGGUGACAAUGUCGCUCAGUUCCUUGGUUGGAACAUCGCAAACCUUCAAUGAAGCCUAUUUGCGUCGAUCUCUCAAGACCAUCCUCACAUAUGCUGAGGAGGAUGCUGACCUUCAAGACACAUCUUUUCCAGAACAGGUUCGAGAUCUAGUCUUCAAUUUACACAUGAUCCUGUCCGAUACUGUGAAGAUGAAAGAGUAUCAAGAGGAUCCAGAAAUGUUGCUCGAUCUCAUGUACAGAAUUGCACGUGGAUAUCAGAACUCUCCAGACCUUCGACUAACUUGGCUGGCCAACAUGGCCCAGAAACACAGUGAACGAGGUCAACAUGCUGAAGCUGCUAUGUGCCUCAUUCACAGCGCUGCUUUGGUCUCGGAAUAUCUUUACAUGUUAGAGGAUUGUCCUCACCUACCUACGGGAGCAGUAACUUUCUGCAAACUUUCACCUAAUGUAUUGGAAGAAAGUGCUGUGUCAGAUGAUGUCCUCAGUCCGGAUGAGGAAGGGAUCUGCACUGGGAAAUACUUCACAGAAAAUGGACUUGUAGGCCUUCUGGAGCAAGCCAGUUCAUCACUACACCAGGCUGGAGUGUUUGAGUGCCUUAAUGAAGUGUAUAAAAUUCUAACUCCAAUUGCUGAGAAGAACAGAGACUGGAAGAAACUUAUUAAUAUAUAUUCAAAAUUGCAAGAUGCAUUUACCAAGAUAGAUGCCUUGGAAGGGAGAAGGAUGUUUGGUACCUAUUUUCGUGUAGGUUUCUAUGGAUCCAAAUUUGGAGAUCUCGAUGGAGAGGAAUACAUUUAUAAAGAACCCAUGCUAACAAAGCUGCCCGAGAUCUCUCACAGACUAGAGGGUUUUUAUGCUGAUCGAUUUGGUCCUGAAAAUACAUGCAUCAUCAAAGACAGCAACACUGUUGAUGUAACAAAGUUAAACUCGGAUAAAGCUUGCAUUCAGAUAACUUACGUUGAACCAUACUUUGAUGAAUAUGAAUAUAGAGACAGAGUCACAUCCUUCGAGAAGAAUUACAAUAUAAAGCGUUUUAUUUUUUCGACACCCUUCACACCUGAUGGACGAGCGCAUGGAGAGCUUCACGAACAAUACAAACGCAAGACCAUUCUAACUACGCAACAUAUGUUUCCAUAUGUUAAGACUCGAAUUCAGGUUGUUGAUAGAAUGUCGUGGGUGUUAACUCCUAUAGAGGUGGCCAUUGAAGAUAUCCAAAAGAAAACCAAAGAACUGUCUGCUGCUAUCUACCAGGACCCUCCUGAUCACAAGAUACUACAGAUGGUGCUUCAGGGCUGCAUAGGCACAACAGUAAACCAAGGCCCAAUGGAGGUAGCUCAUAUCUUCUUGUCAGACCUGUUGGAGAGUAGGAAGCCACCUAGUCGUUUACAAAACAAACUUAGGCUCUGCUUUAAGGACUUCUCAAAAAAAUGCUACGAUGCAUUACGCAGAAACAAAACUUUGAUCGGUCCAGACAUGCGUGAGUACCAUCGUGAGUUAGAGCGAAAUUAUAGCCGCUUUACUGAGGGAUUGGCUCCAAUGAUAACAGUAAAUCACCCUACUAGAUCUUCAAGCACCUCAGCCUCCUCAACGCCCAGGUUGCGGGUGCCUGUAGGAGUGACAUCUUGGCGUCACUCUGCUGGGAGCACGAGCUCGGGGGAAACUCUGGUGUCUGGAGGCUCGGCAGACUCUGACCCAGGGUUAGCCUCUGGGACGGAGUGCUAGGGAUGCCAGCGUUUAGUAAUCGCACUUUAGUAAGGGUUGCACAGCACAUGACUAGGAAUGGAAGUUGCCAAGACCAACCUCUUGUCAUCAAGAAAGAUGCAUCUACAGAAGAGUUACUCAAGAUCU